UACUCGUUGCCCAUAUUUAAAAAACAAAUAUACAGUGAUAAGAAUAAGCGAAUAUCACAGAGCACGCGAAAACAAAGCUAUGGCUAUCCGCAUCAACCCCCUCACUCUCUCUUUAGCUUUACCUAAGAUAGAGUUAAAACGUGGAAAUUCGGGGAGCCCGAAUCUCCGGGUUAGCUCUCAGAUGAUGCCCCAAAUGCGCAAGGAGGGUCGUGGAAAACGAGUCUGGAGGCGAAGAACAUUGGUAAAAAAGGAUGAAUAUCUGCCCUAUAAAAUGGAGCGCCUUCCUUUCCUUGAGGAGCAGGUGAGGAUGAUAAGGGAACAGGGAUCGCUCUUGGCAAUGGACAUAGAGAGGUUAUUGUUAUCAGAAGAUAAUAGGUUUGAUUUUGUGAAUGAGGUAGCAGCUGAGGCCAAUUCUUAUGUAGAGAGCAACAGGGAUGAGUAUGGAGGUGAGAAGAAGGCCAUUCUUCAUGUUUUGAGCAACCGAAUGAAUGAUGCUGGAAUUUACCGCCCAGAGGCAUAUUAUGAGCCUGAUCCCUUCAAGCCCGGGCCUCAUUACUUGAGAGAAGAAGAGACAUGAAGUCCAGAAUUUUAUUUAUGUAUUUAUUUUUGCUGAGAUCUUAAACUAGGGUUAGGAAUUCAUAUCAUCCAUCUAAAUUAGAUGCUGUUGUGGGUAACUUCGUAUGCAAAUUAAAGUUAUCUUCAAACCGGAAAUAAAAAUAAAAGGUAUUUUUCUACUCAUUG